GGCUACAAGAGGGGCGGGAGCGGCGCGGGGCAGGGCCGGGGGCUGCAGCGCGGCCCCUCCGGUCCCGGCCCCGGCUCCGCUCCCGCCCGGCGCCGCCGCCACCCGCCAGGGCAGCACACGGGGCUGGCCAGCCGCUGGGGCAGUGCAGGACCCAGGAUCACGGCCGGCCCCGUGCUGGCACGCAGGAGCCCCCACGUUUCCCCUGCCAGGCGCAGCCAUGGGCAAGCACAGCAGCAAGCUGGCCCCGGAGAUGCUGGAUGACCUGGUGAGGAGCACAGAGUUCAGCGAGCAGGAGCUGAAGCAGUGGUACAAGGGCUUCCUGAAGGACUGUCCCACUGGCAUCCUCAACCUGGAGGAGUUCCAGCAGCUCUACAUCAAGUUUUUUCCCUACGGAGAUGCCUCCAAGUUCGCCCAGCACGCUUUCCGCACCUUUGACAAGAACGGCGAUGGGACCAUCGAUUUCCGGGAGUUCAUCUGUGCCCUGUCUGUCACCUCCAGGGGGACCUUUGAGCAGAAACUCAACUGGGCCUUUGAGAUGUACGACCUGGACGGGGACGGGAUGAUCACACGCCUGGAGAUGCUGGAGAUCAUUGAGGCCAUUUACAAGAUGGUGGGGACUGUGAUCAUGAUGCGGAUGAACCAAGACGGGCUGACGCCCCAGCAGCGCGUUGACAAGAUCUUCACUAAGAUGGACAAGGACAAGGAUGACCAGAUCUCCCUGGAGGAGUUCAAGGAGGCAGCAAAGAGCGACCCCUCCAUCGUCCUCCUCCUGCAGUGCGAUAUGCAGAAGUAGGGCCCUGAGGGCUCCUGGCUGGACGGGCUGCAGCCACCCCUGCUGCCCGUGACAGUUUCCAUCCCCACUUUCUGCUGAGCGCCCUGUGCCUGCUUCGCCCCAGGUGUGACCCACGCUCUGUCCCUGGUGCCACCCCUCUGCCUCCGCUCCUGGCCACGUCGGUGGCCGCGUCUCUCCCUCGAUGGGCAGAGCCUGCCCCGGGCACCGCUGGCUUGAAGUGCCCCCAAACCAGACCUCUCCCGUCCUGGAGCUGGACUCCCUGAGGCUGAUGGCGAGGUCCCAGCUCCCCGUGCCAGUCGCCCCCGUGCCCCUGCUGCUUGCUGCCUGCUCUCCCCACUGCUCCGCCUGGCCCGGUUCCUGAUCCCGUCUGAGAGCAGCUCUUUGCGCUGACCCCAUCGCUCGUGGUGCCUCCAGGGAGGCUGAAGGCUCUGGGUCCUGUCCCUGCUCUCUCCUCUGCUGGCAGCUCCCCGUGGGGCUGUCUGGGGGCUCGGGUCUGGCCCCAGGGAGCUGCAGCCCCCACUCCCUCUGCCCAGCUUUAGCUUUUCUGCUGCUGCUUCUGCUGCUGGGAAUGGCCAGGGCUGGUGAGGGGACUUCAGAAAGAGCAGAAGUGUCCAGGUCCACCCUUGGACAUGGCCGGUGUCUGAUCCCAGAAGCCACCUUCCAUCCCAUCACCUGUGGGAGCUGGUAGGGACAGCGGGGGACCACCAAAACUGCCCCGGUGGUAUUUGAGGUGCCUGUGGAGUUUCUGGCCUUUCUGAAAAGGGAAGUGGUGCCAGCUGUCCCAGCCUGCUGCCUCUGUCCCUCCUGCCCAGGACAGGAAUGUUGCCAGGGUGUUUAGUCUGCACGUUGUGGUGUUGAUGUCUGUAAUGUCUGUUAGGAGACUGUGGACUUGGUAUCUAUUUUUUUUUUUUAUGGAAAAAUAAAAUGUCCCCCGAGUGUGGUGUUCCCCUGAAUGGCUUACUGGGAGGCAGCUGGCUCCUGCAGCUGCGGGUGAAGCAGGAUGGGAACAUUUCCCCUGAGCAUCGCUUGUGGGGCUCACCUUGAGCCUGUGACACCCAGGAGAUGGAGGGGGUCUGCCUGGGGAGCCUUGAAGAUGGAUGAAAAGGUAACCCCUCAGCUGUGAAGGCAGCUUUGGGGGAGGGAAUAACGUUAUCCUGCAGGAGGGGGGUAGGAACAGGGAUCCCUGGCCCUGAACUAGGUCUCCCCUGUCCUCCAGGAGCUGGACCCUGGCUGCCCCUUCAUUCAGGGGCACAGCUGGGGGAGCUGGUGGUGGUGUCCUGGGCCCAUCCCGGUGUCAUCCACCCCUGGGACCUGC